AUGGAAGAACCAAACUUAAAACAUCAAUACAAACAAUUCUUACGAAGUAGAGGAAUACGACGUAUCGCAAGAACUUCCUCCUCCAAUCAGGAUCAUCAGCACACGACCACCACCAUUCGAAGUAGAGCAACUAGUGAUGGCAACAUACGGAUCAAUACGGUGAUAUCUAAUCUACGAGAACAGGAUAGGAGGAAUCGAGAGAGGGAUAAUGUGUUUGAAGAUGAUGAUGAUGUGGAUGUGGAGGUGGAUGAACCAUUGAGGAUCAUAUCAAUAUUUAGAGGCGAGAAUGGGAGUGAUAGGAGUAAUAGUACUGUGUCGGGGAUUGGAGAGGAGGAAGAACAGGGAGAGGAAGAGAUGAGUGAAGAUGAUGAGGAUGUUAUUGGAGAUCAUGAAUUUAGAUCGAAUAAUGAAGAUAAUCCCGAUUCUGAUGUUUUUUACAAUACAAGAAGAGAAACUUUUGCAUUUGGUGAACAAAGUCUAAUUUCCAAUAUUGAAUCACCACCACCUUCACAUGAUGACGGCACUACUAAUUAUGUUGAUAUUGAUCGAGAUUAUGAAUAUAUUUCCGUCAAUGAUGAUAAUUCACCCGAUCUGAUUGAAGAAGAGUCAGAACCACAAGAAAUAUCCACUGAAGUGACAUUCCCGAAGAGUUCCCAAGAAGCUUAUGAGAAAUGGGAAUUCAAGCCAGUCUAUUCUGAUAACCCCACGGGACUUGGGAUUAAGGAACUACCAACCACUUCCAUCACAAUAGAAAACUCCGACCCUGCCAAAAUCUUAACCAUAUCCCCAGGAGAUAAAUUCCCCAAUUCAUUGAGACUAAACUAUUUAGGAAUUCAGAAAUUAUAUGGAUUAGAAGAUAUGAGAAAAUACAAAAACAACCUCUCAACAAUCAUCUCCUCCACCAAUAAUCAUGUGGAUUAUCUCAUCCAAGCAUCAAAUUCAGAAAUAUUAAUCUAUGAAUUCAAUACUGUGAACAAUUUACCCACGAAAAGGCCCGUGCUUAAAUUUGAUACUAGACCGACAUAUACUUCGAGUACGGAUAGGUUGAUAUCGACAUGGCCAUAUUUCCCACAUACGAUUAAUUUCAUGAAGACAAUUGGGGAUUUUAAUGAAAGGGAGACAUUGGCGGUAUGUAGUGAUGACGGGACUUUGAUGAUGUGGUAUAGUGAUACGAUUAUAUCAUAUAUCAAGAAAUUCCAAUAUGCUAAGAAGUUCCCAGACGAAGAAGAGGUUGAGGGAGGAUAUCGUGAUGAGAAUAGAUUCGCGGGGUUGAAAAUCCAACCUGAUUUUAAAAUCAAAUUAGAAGCUUCAUUAUGGGGAGUUGAUCAUCGUCAUUAUCGAGAUCAAUAUGGAUCUGAUCAUUAUAUAAUUGUAUGUUCGGAUAAUUCUCAAAGUUUGAGUUUAUUUUAUUAUCAUCCACGAGAUGAAAGAUUCUAUCAUGUGAAAUCUCAUCAGAUCUUACAUAAUAUUCCUGAGGUUUCUAUAGUUGAUGUUGAUUUCUUGGGAUAUGGUGAUAUUCAUUCGAUUAAUGUUGCAUGUGCUUCCAUAUCGGGAGAAAUUAUUGUGUUUAAUUUCAAAUUCAAACUAGUGGCUGGACCAUUAGAUAUUGAUGAAUUUGAAUAUUAUCGAAAACGAGAUUUGUUAUACUAUGUCGAUCCUACGAUGGAACAACUUGAGAAUAGAAAUGGAAUUGAUCCAAAUGAUCAAACAUUACGUAUAUUACGAAAUAAACGAUUCAAAAGGUGUAAAUUCACUCAUCCAAAGGUGAUAUCUCGAUGUGUUUUAAGUGAGGAUGGCUGGACCAUCAAACCUAUAAAUGGGAAAUAUUUCUUACCGGUCUCGUCAAUCUCAGCGGUAUUUGGUGAUUUGAAUAUAAACGAACAGGAACAAAUCAAAAGAAUAAAUGAAGAAUCGAAAAUAUUAGACCUAACGUAUGAUCCAAUGAUUACCAGCGAUUUAGGACUUGCUUCAAAUUGGCAAUUUUUUGAAUCCAAAAUAACUAAUCUAGGAUUAGUUGAACAUCAUCAUCUAGACCCAGAAGGUCAAGGAUUAAAAUUAACCAGUACCGAUGAUGAAUAUCGAAGAAUUCAUAAAGAUUUAUUCCGUACCCUUCGCCAAACCACCACCACCACCAUCACCAAACCACCAUCCAUGAAUGGGAAAUCAUACAAGCUAUCCCACCCCUCACCCCAACCUACAUUCUUAUUAGUCUCAACCGGUCGAAAAUUAGCCAUGUUCAACUAUCCCUCCCUCUACUGCCCCACAGCCACCAAAAAAUUAUUCAACCUCUCCAUCCCCUAUGAAGAAUCGAAAUAUCUGAAUCGAAUCUCAAUCACCCACAUCAUCCCGGAAUUAUCAUGUUUGAUUGCCAUUUCUCAACAAGGAUUGGUUUCAAUUAUGAGAUUGUGUAAAUAUCGGGGGAUAUAUGGGAUGAGACAAGAACAUUUAUUCCCGAAUGCUUUGAGUCUUGCGAUUGGAUAUCAUGGAUAUAGAACUAUCACGGGAUUAAGUUUGAGGGAUAGAUGUAUUUGGGGAGAAGGUGGAGUGUUGGAAUUGGCGCGGUAUUUGUUGUAUAUUAGUUAUAAUGAUGGGGUUGUUAUUGGGUAUGAAUUGAAAUUGAAUAGCGAUGAUCGGAUACUGGUUGGGCAUUUAUAA